AUAAAAAUGCUUGUUUGAUGAUCUUUUCACCCAUUUCUCCUGUGAAUUUUUAUACACUGAAUGGAGGAGUAAAAUUUUGGGUCCAGCAGAGACUCCGAUCACCUGAUCCAGUUCCCUCAGUUUACAGAUGAGCAGUUAGAGGCCCAGUGAAGUUUUAUUUUUUUAAAAAAAGGAAGUGAUUAGUGUAUUUAAAAAAUGGAUUUUGGACAGAGGAUAUGUAUUUUUAAUUUUAAGUAGUUUUACUUAUUGUGGAUUACUAAAACUCUUCAUCUUAUAACCUUUACUGUAAAAACAAUAUAGUAUGUUCCUUGUAAAUACAUGCAGACCAUUUAAAUAUAAUUACAUGGCUAUGAGUUAUUAAGAGCAAAUUUAAUAAGACAAAAACAUAUUGCUCAAGGAAGUUAAAUAUCUGGCUAUUUAUUUCGUGCCAGUUUUAAAUUUUAAAAGAGAAUUGAAAGUGAAAAACAAGUGUUUUUUGUUUCAUUUUAAGUUACUCGCUGGAAGGGGUUAUAAAUGAAAUUAGAAAGAAGCUUUCAGAUAGUGACAUAAAAUUUCUUAGGCUGUGUUGCUGUGGUAGCCUGAAUAAGGUUUAUAUCCAGCGAAACUGCUAUCUUUUUGCCUUUGCAUGUACUUCAUCCUUGAAUAUUUUGGUGCUAAUCAGACUUGUGGAAUAUAGUACUAACUAGAACAAGCUCAGUUAUUUUAUUUCUUAAUAAGGUAUAUAAAACAGUAGUGCUAUAUAAUAGCAUUGUCUGCUCAAGACAGCAGCUACUCACGGCUUGUAGCCCUUUGAGAAGGAGGAUACUGUAGAGUGGUUCAAAGUAUAGUCUCUGGAGCCAGACUCCCGAAGAUGACAUUUUGCUUCCCCAUGUAAUAAUAUUUUUGUGAUUUCAGCAAAGGCCUCAGUUUCUUCACUUUUGUAAUGGGGAUAAUAAUACCUGUUUCGUGAGAUGAGAAUCAAAUGCAAUACUUCUUGGAAAGCACUUGGCGUUAUUUAGUACAUAAUGAACCCACAAGAUCAUUGAGUGGUCUCAUCUUGAAGAAUAACGUGAAAGCUCAUUUUCAGAAUUUCCCGAAUGGUGUCACAGACUUUAUUAAAAGUGAAUGUCUAAAUAAUAUUGGUGAUGCUUCUCCUCUGAUUAGAGCCACCGUAGGUAUUUUGAUUACAACCAUAGCCUCCAAGGGAGAAUUGCAGAAUUGGCCUGACCUCUUACCAAAACUCUGCAGCCUUUUGGAUUCUGAGGAUUACAACACCUGUGAAGGAGCGUUUGGUGCUCUUCAGAAGAUAUGUGAAGAUUCUGCUGAGAUUUUAGAUAGUGAUGUUUUAGAUCGUCCUCUCAACAUCAUGAUUCCCAAAUUUUUACAGUUCUUCAAGCACAGUAGUCCAAAAAUAAGGUCUCAUGCUGUUGCAUGUGUCAAUCAGUUUAUCAUCAGUAGGACUCAAGCUCUGAUGUUGCACAUUGAUUCUUUUAUUGAGAAUCUGUUUGCAUUGGCUGGUGACGAAGAACCAGAGGUACGAAAAAACGUAUGCCGGGCGCUUGUGAUGUUGCUGGAAGUUCGAAUGGAUCGCUUGCUUCCUCACAUGCAUAAUAUAGUUGAGUACAUGCUACAGAGAACCCAAGAUCAAGAUGAAAAUGUUGCUUUAGAAGCUUGUGAGUUUUGGCUCACUUUGGCAGAACAACCAAUAUGCAAAGAUGUACUCGUAAGGCAUCUUCCUAAGUUGAUUCCUGUGUUAGUGAAUGGCAUGAAGUACUCAGACAUCGAUAUUAUCCUAUUGAAGGGUGAUGUUGAAGAAGAUGAGACGAUUCCUGAUAGUGAGCAGGAUAUUAGGCCACGUUUUCAUCGAUCAAGGACGGUGGCUCAGCAGCAUGAUGAAGAUGGAAUUGAAGAGGAAGAUGAUGAUGAUGAUGAAAUUGAUGAUGAUGAUACCAUUUCUGACUGGAAUCUAAGAAAAUGUUCUGCCGCGGCCCUAGAUGUACUUGCAAAUGUGUAUCGUGACGAACUUUUGCCACAUAUUUUGCCUCUUUUGAAAGAAUUACUUUUUCAUCAUGAGUGGGUUGUUAAAGAAUCGGGCAUCUUGGUUUUAGGAGCAAUUGCUGAAGGUUGCAUGCAGGGUAUGAUUCCAUACCUGCCUGAGCUCAUUCCUCACCUUAUUCAGUGCCUCUCUGAUAAAAAGGCUCUUGUGCGUUCCAUAACGUGCUGGACUCUUAGCCGCUAUGCACACUGGGUGGUCAGCCAGCCCCCAGACACGUACCUGAAGCCAUUAAUGACAGAAUUGCUAAAGCGUAUCCUGGAUAGCAACAAGAGAGUACAGGAAGCUGCCUGCAGUGCCUUUGCUACCCUAGAAGAGGAGGCUUGUACAGAACUUGUUCCUUACCUUGCUUACAUACUUGAUACCCUGGUCUUCGCAUUUAGUAAAUACCAGCAUAAGAACCUGCUCAUUCUUUACGAUGCCAUAGGAACAUUAGCAGAUUCGGUAGGACAUCAUUUAAACAAACCAGAGUAUAUUCAGAUGCUAAUGCCUCCACUGAUCCAGAAAUGGAACAUGUUAAAGGACGAAGAUAAAGAUCUCUUUCCUUUACUUGAGUGCCUAUCUUCAGUUGCCACAGCCCUGCAGUCUGGCUUCCUUCCGUACUGUGAGCCUGUGUAUCAGCGUUGUGUUAACCUAGUACAGAAGACUCUUGCACAAGCCAUGCUGAACAAUGCUCAACCAGAUCAGUAUGAGGCUCCAGAUAAAGAUUUUAUGAUAGUGGCUCUUGAUUUACUGAGUGGCCUGGCUGAAGGACUUGGAGGCAACAUUGAACAGCUAGUAGCACGAAGUAACAUUCUAACACUAAUGUAUCAGUGCAUGCAGGAUAAAAUGCCAGAAGUUCGGCAGAGUUCCUUUGCCCUCUUAGGUGACCUGACAAAAGCUUGCUUUCAGCAUGUUAAGCCUUGUAUAGCUGAUUUCAUGCCAAUAUUGGGAACCAACCUAAAUCCAGAGUUCAUUUCUGUUUGCAACAAUGCCACUUGGGCAAUUGGAGAAAUCUCCAUUCAGAUGGGAAUAGAGAUGCAGCCUUAUAUCCCUAUGGUGUUGCACCAGCUUGUAGAAAUCAUUAACAGACCCAACACACCAAAGACGUUGUUAGAGAACACAGCAAUAACAAUUGGUCGUCUUGGUUACGUUUGUCCUCAAGAGGUGGCCCCCAUGCUACAGCAGUUUAUAAGACCCUGGUGCACCUCUCUGAGAAACAUAAGGGACAAUGAGGAAAAGGAUUCAGCAUUCCGUGGGAUUUGUACCAUGAUCAGUGUGAAUCCCAGUGGAGUAAUCCAAGAUUUUAUAUUUUUUUGUGAUGCUGUUGCAUCAUGGAUUAGCCCAAAAGAUGAUCUCAGAGACAUGUUCUGUAAGAUCCUUCAUGGAUUUAAAAAUCAAGUUGGGGAUGAAAAUUGGAGGCGUUUCUCUGACCAGUUUCCUCUUCCCUUAAAAGAGCGUCUUGCAGCUUUUUAUGGUGUUUAAUCUUGCACACUUAAGCUGCAGUCCCAUAAUUAGGGGUCCUUCAGUCUUGGAGACUAUGAGGGAGCCUCUGCACCCAGGGAAAAUGUUACCCUUUACAGGGGGGAAGGGUAAACCAGUAGGGAAUACAGUACAAUCCCAACCCUACUGGGAGGGGCGGGAGGGAGGUGUUGCCGUCACUGUAUUAAGUCGAUGUUGGGAAACGUUUUAACAUCUGGAGCCUUUGUGGGUGGAAAUCUGUCUCCAAUUACAACUCUGCACUGGAUGUGAAGAAGCAAAAAAAAUAUUCAGCCUACUCACAAAACAGUACAUUCUGGAAUAUUACGGGGAAUUGUACCAAAACAAGAACCAUAUAAAUGAUGCAUCGGGUUAAGAGAGAGGAUAAAUUCUAUAGCGCACAAUAAAGGAAACCUAAGAAAGGGGGUUAUAAACAGAAGAGAAGCUUUUUUUUUUUUUUUUAAUUUUUUUUUUUUUUUUUUUUUAUUUAAAAGUUUUUAUAUAAGUUUCCCACGUGGUGGGGCCUUGUUUUGCAUGCUGAUGAAGAACUACACAAAUGAAGCUAAUAGAGUUAAAAUCAGCUUGCCUACUCAUAAUAGAAGCAGGUUCUUGGAAGUUACAAUUUAAGGUACCCCAGAAAAAGUUGGAAAUAAAAUGAAACAAAUUUAAACAAUGAAGCACCCUGUGAAAUGCCAAAUGAGUCACUCCUUUACCUUUGUGGGGUGGGCAGGGAGGGAGGAAUAAAUGGGGUUGGGCAUAUCAAACUAAAGAUUGACAUCUUAAUUUUACAUUAAAACAUUAAUGUAGUAGAUAUAAUUUGAUGGUUGUACUUCAAUAGAUUUCAUUUCUAGGCCAAGACAUUAUUUUUAAUGUGCAGUUUAAGGUUCAGGCAUGCGUUCUGGCUCAUAGUGAUUGAAAGUAAUUUAAAUUAGUGGGAAAGUAGCAUGCUUGCAUCACAUAGAGUGAGAUUGGUAUUCAUUUACCUAUGUUGCGCCAGUUUGUGUUGCAGUUUACCAAUUCAAUAUAGCCCUGCAUUUAAAAUUCCUUUUUAAGAUUUGUGGAUUUUAAUUUUAUUAAGAAUAUAGAUAUAAAGUACUGUAGUUUACAGCUAGGCCUCGAAAUAAUCUUUUUAGGAUCUGUUAGGAAUAAGAUUGAUAUUGUAUUGUGUGUAACCUGCACAAUGUGGAAAGCUGAUAUACCUGUGCAAAAUCUUUGCCUCCGUGCUGUCAGUGUGAUGUGCUUUCUGCAUGGUUAUAUACUACUAGUGAUUUUAUCAAAACUUCUAAAAUUACAUGGUAAAAGAUCUGUAAAAGGCUGCAUAAAUGUUAGUUGGCACAUAAGGACAAUUGUAGAAGUUGAAGACAUGAUUGCUAUAUUUCGAUGUUUAUUCCCACUCAACAUAUUGCCUUCUAAGCUUUCCUUUUCUGUUCAAAGCAUGAUCUUAAAGAUAUGUUUAAGUUAAUGGAUGUAAUGCAGGGUUCCUACACUGUAUUGGCGCAUGUUGGUGGCCCUCUGUGCCCUAGAUAUAUGCACACAGGGUGCAAGUUAAAAGCUACAGAGUGAAAGUUGGCUUGGAUCCUCUUCAUUUCAUUUGUUUAGCUUUUCUGUUAUUUUUCUCUACUUACAUGUAUUCCUGUGAAUAAAUCCUUGUUAAGUUAACCCUUUA